CAGUCUUUCAAGACCUCCAUACACCCACAAUGUUCAAGACAUCUCUUUUCCUACCGCUGCUUGCCGUAUCCGUCAUCUGCACCGACAGCAUCCCACUACUCUUCAAACGGCAAACUACCACACUUUCUUGCCAAGAAAGUGGUGGAAAACUCUGUGGAAGUGACAAUGCCUGCAUCCCAUUGACCACUACCUGCUGCCCGGCUCCCGGUGGAUCUGCUGGAUGUCGGCCUGGUGAUUACUGUGCUGGCGUGGGCACAGGUGGACUGCCUGUUUGCUGCCCGAUUGGCAAGGUGUGCACUGGCCUUGGUGGAAUCCAAACUGUCGGCGGUGGAACGGUUACCUCUGUCAGCACGAUCGUCGACAAAUUCCCGACUACGAUUGUGGACGUUUCUUCUACAACUACGGAAGAUGUCGUUGUUACCCUGGCUUCGACUUCGGUCUUAACCUCGACUUUGACUGGCGCGGAUGACGACACCCUUACCUCCACUUCAGCGACCACUCUUACGUCGAUUUCGACGUUGACGUCCGUUUCAACUAACAUUCUGACCUCUGUCUCGUCAUCUCCGAUCCUGCCCAGCUCACAUACCUCAACAACUGGUUUCAAUGCGACUGCUGGAACUCGAACCGCCACGACAUCGCUGCCUGAAUUCACUGGAGGUGCAGAUUCUCGGACUCAGGAAGUGAGUAGCUGGUUACUAGCGAUUGCUUUGCCACUUUUUGCGUUGUAGAUGAUGUUGCGGAUGUCAUACAUAGG